UGUAUUUGGAUGUAUUUGGCGAAUCAAAUACCAUGAUUUAAUAACGAACCAUUCUAAUUAGUUGAUAGUUGAUAAUAUUAGUUGAUAAUUUUGUGAAAGAUUCCUGUGAAAGGUUUCAUUCACGCCUAAUCCAUGUCGAGUAGACCUUGUCGUUGUGAGAAUUCUUAAUUCAUGAGUUGUAGGGAGGGACUUAUGUCACCAAAAACAGAGACUAAAGCAAGUGUUGGAUUCAAAGCUGGUGUUAAAGAGUACAAAUUGACUUAUUAUACUCCUGAAUAUGAAACCAAAGAUACUGAUAUCUUGGCAGCAUUCCGAGUAACUCCUCAACCCGGAGUUCCACCUGAGGAAGCAGGGGCUGCGGUAGCUGCCGAAUCUUCUACUGGUACAUGGACAACUGUGUGGACCGAUGGACUUACCAGCCUUGAUCGUUACAAAGGACGAUGCUACCACAUCGAGCCCGUUCCUGGGGAGGAAAGUCAAUUUAUUGCUUAUGUAGCUUACCCUUUAGACCUUUUUGAAGAAGGUUCUGUUACUAACAUGUUUACUUCCAUUGUAGGUAAUGUAUUUGGGUUCAAAGCCCUACGAGCUCUACGUCUGGAGGAUCUGCGAAUUCCUACUGCUUAUGUCAAAACUUUCCAAGGCCCGCCCCAUGGCAUCCAAGUUGAGAGAGAUAAAUUGAACAAGUAUGGUCGUCCACUAUUGGGAUGUACUAUUAAACCAAAAUUGGGGUUAUCCGCCAAGAACUACGGUAGGGCGGUUUAUGAAUGUCUCCGUGGUGGACUUGAUUUUACCAAGGAUGAUGAGAACGUGAACUCCCAACCAUUUAUGCGUUGGAGAGACCGUUUCGUAUUUUGUGCCGAAGCAAUUUAUAAAGCGCAGGCCGAAACAGGUGAAAUCAAAGGACAUUACUUGAAUGCUACUGCAGGUACAUGCGAAGAAAUGAUGAAAAGGGCCAUAUUUGCCAGGGAAUUGGGAGUUCCUAUCGUAAUGCAUGACUACUUAACGGGGGGAUUCACUGCAAAUACUACCUUGGCUCAUUAUUGCCGAGACAACGGUCUACUUCUUCACAUCCAUCGCGCAAUGCAUGCAGUUAUUGAUAGACAGAAAAAUCAUGGUAUGCACUUUCGUGUACUAGCUAAAGCAUUACGUAUGUCUGGUGGAGAUCAUAUUCACGCUGGUACCGUAGUAGGUAAACUGGAAGGGGAACGGGACAUCACUUUGGGUUUUGUUGAUUUACUACGCGAUGAUUUUAUUGAAAAAGACCGAAGUCGCGGUAUUUAUUUCGCUCAAGAUUGGGUCUCUUUACCAGGUGUUCUACCCGUGGCUUCAGGCGGUAUUCACGUUUGGCAUAUGCCUGCCUUGACUGAGAUCUUUGGGGAUGAUUCCGUACUACAGUUCGGUGGAGGAACUUUAGGACACCCUUGGGGAAAUGCACCUGGUGCAGUAGCUAAUCGGGUGGUGUUUGAAGCGUGUGUACAAGCUCGUAAUGAGGGACGUGAUCUUGCUAGUCAAGGUAAUGAAAUUAUCCGUGAAGCUAGCAAAUGGAGCCCUGAACUAGCUGCUGCAGCAAAGCAGGCAAGGCAUCUGACUGUUGAUUGGCGGACAAAUCAAGGAGGACACGUUUAUUUCUGCUACACUUCGUGA